AUGGAGCAGCACCUCCUCUUCCCUCUCGGCACCCCUGGAGUCUCCCGGACCCGACACCUGACGGACCUGACCGUUUCGGGUUGUCUCUGUAACCCCGGGCUGUGGCCGGCCAUCCGCCGCGAUGAUCGCUGUACGCAUGCUGACCUCUUUUUAUUUCUCCCCCCAACAUGCCCCUCAACCCCCCACCCCCCCAAACGAUCCUUGCAGGUGGAGGUUGUGCCCUCGGUCCAAGCCCUGCACGAGCAGGUGGAGCCUGCUCAGCUGACAGGACCCUUCGGCGGAAGUUUCCGGUACAGCCACCAGAAGUGGACGCGGUUUCGGCUGAGCCUGGAGUCGCUGGUCCGAGCCUGUGACACCUCCAUCCAGUUCCUCCGCAGCACCAGACUGCAACUGGAGGCGAAGCGUCUCCCCAAGACCAAGCAGGAAGUUGCCAUACUCAUCGAGGAGGAUCAGUUGUUAAUGAGACACGUGCUGCAGGAUACUCGGCUAACCGGACUUCAGCAGGAAGGGGCUGCUAUCCUGGUGAAGCUCAAGAGGGAGAUGGUCACCAACAGCGGCUUGGAGGAUCACAGGGAUGACAUGAAGACCACCUGUGCCCUCUACGAGCAGGUGGACGAGGAGGUCCAUCGCCUGGUGCAGGUGUCCAACCAGCGCCUGAAGGACCUGCAGAGCCUGGCAGAGUUCUGGCAGUUCGAAGACCAGUUUCGAGAGGUCUGCGACUGGUUGACGGACGUGGGGCAGCCACGGCUGGAGAAGUGCGAGGAGACGGAGGACUCGCUCCCCACACUGCGGCAGAGGCAGCAGGAAUUUCGGGACUUCAGCCACACGGCGCUGGAGCGCAGCCAGAAGGCAGAGCGACUCCUGCAGGGAAUGGCCCACUGGGACCAGGCCGUCUCCUCCCGACUCCAGCCCUACACCGAUAAGCUGAGGGCUUACGGGGCGCUGGUAACCCGGUUCACCGAGCGGGUGGAGCAGCGCCGGCUGGCCAUCGAGAGGACCAUCCGCCUCCAUGAGUUCUUCAAGACGGCUUACAGCUGGGCUCUGGGGAGCCUGCGGACCCUGGCAGGGAUCGGCCCGGACCAGUGCCCGUCGGCGGAGGGCUGCCAGUCUGCCCAGCCACCCCCACGCCCCCAGGCCCAGCUCCACCCUGCCAUCCCCGAGUCCCGCUUCCGGGAGAUGCGGGAACUGGCCGAGUCCCUGGGCAACCCGAGGCUGCUGGAACGCUGGUCGCUGUGCUGGGACGGCUAUCGGGAGGCGCUCGCUGCCACACGCGGGGUUAGGCACCCCCCGGCUGGCCCCCGCAGGGCCCCUGAAGGCUCGGCUGGCCCGGGGGGCAGCCGGACCCCCUGCCCGGAGCGGAGAGCCACCCCGCUCCCCGUCACCCCCUGGCUCAGCGCCUGGUCACUGAGCGGCAGCCCCCCCUCUUCGGCGUCCUUCUCCUCCACCCCGGACGUCCGGGCCCGCAGCCCUUUCCCCGGGGCCGGAGCGGAGGGCGGGCGGCGGGACCCAGGGAGGCCCCUGAAGAAGGCGCAGAGCUUCGAGCUGGCCCCUGCCCCUGCCCCGGACGCUGGGUGGCCCCAGAGGGCGAGGAGCGAGCCGGGGGGGUCCGGGGCGGGGGCCGGGGUCCUCAUCAGGGGUCUGGAGGUCAGCAGCACCCAGCUGGUGGACCGUACCUGCUCGCCAAGGGAGCACGUCAUGCUGGCAAGGAGGGGCGAGAUCCUGGCCGAGGCUCCCUGGGGAGGCUCGCCGGCCCCGGGGCCACGGGACAAGAGCAGACCCCGCCGCGCCCUGACCGAGGCCAUUCUGGCGGAGCGGGAGUACAUCGGCUCACUGGAGCUGGUGGCGGAGACCUACUGCCGGGAGCUGGACCGCACGGACGUCCCGCAGGGGCUGCGGGGCAAGAGGGGCCUGCUCUUCGGCAACCUGGAGAAGCUGCUGGCCUUCCACAGGGAGCGCCUCCUGCCCGAGCUGGAGGGGUGCGCCGCCUGCCCGCUGCGCCUCGGCGAGGGCUUCCUCCGCCACAAGGAGCAGUUCACGAUGUACGCCCUCUACGUGAAGAACAAGCCGCAGUCGGACGCCCUGCUCGCCAGCCACGGCAACGCGUUCUUCAAGAGGAGGCAGCUGCUGCUGCAGGACAGGACGGACCUGGCCGGCCACCUGCGGAAGCCCAUCCAGCGCCUGGCCAGCUACGGGGGGCUGCUGAGGGAGCUGCUGGCGGAGUGCGGCGAGGACACGGCACGCGAGAGGCUGGGCCUGCAGGCUGCCGCCGACAUGGUCGACUUCCAGCUGCGCCACGGCAACGACCUCCUUGCCAUGGACACCAUCCGGGGCUGUGACGUGAACCUGAAGGAGCAGGGACUGCUCCUCCGCCGCGACCGUUUCACCGUAAGCUGCGGCCGCCACAAGUGCCUGCGUCACGUCUUCCUGUUCGAGGAGCUGGUCGUCUUCAGCAAGUUCAAGCGUGCGGAGGGCGGCACCGAGUCCUACGUCUACAAGUCGUCUCUGAAGACGGCGGACAUGGGGCUGACGGAGAACAUCGGGGACACCGGGCUGCGCUUCGAACUGUGGUUCCGGCGCCGGAGGUCGAACGAGGCCUACGUCCUCCAGGCCGAGACGGCCGACGUCAAGCGGGUGUGGACGCGGGACAUCGCCCAGCUCCUGUGGAGGCAGGCAUCCAGGAAUAAAGAGCUGCGACUGCAGGAGAUGGUCUCCAUGGGGAUGGGGAGCAAGGUGUUCCUGGACCUGCAGGCUUCCGACGAUGUCGUUGACCAGAGCGAGACCGGGAAAGGUAAGGCAGUGCCCAAGUGAGCGGACGGACGGACUGACCUGUGGAAAUGGGAGGGAGGGGCUGCCCGUGGGACCGAGUGGUGUGGACGGGGCCCCUCCUCCUCCUCCAGCGGACAAUCCCAGCCAGCAGAUUCGAGGGAAGUGGGC